UUUGCAAGAAAUGCUCUAUAGUGCAGUCAGUUGCGGAACUUUUCAGUCCAGUUUUGACUUGCAUCCCGUACCCUGAGCAGUGCUUUGGAAAUGCCGUUGUGUUGGGAGCCGUGCUGAUCCUCCGGAGAAGAGGAACAACCAUGGUGACCAUCAUUGUUGUGAAUGACUUUGAGACCCAGAAGACAGGUGAAUUGAACCUUCGCGUUGGGGAAGUGAUAACAAAUGCAAGGCAAACGGAUCAGGAAGGCUGGUGGUACGGUGAGCUGGACGGCAAAUGGGGACGAUUCCCCUCCAAGUUCAUCAAGGAGAUUCCAUCUCGUUUCCUCGGUGACACGAGCCAGACGCAGCCCCGGUCAGUGCGAUCGAAGAACCGUGAGAAGAGGAGGCGGCAGCGCUGGUGUGAGGUGAUCUUCUCCUACACGGCCGAAAGGCCUGACGAGCUGCAGCUCACCAUGGGAGACAUCAUCGAGGUGUUGGGGGAGUUGGAGGACGGCUGGUGGCUGGGGAGAAAAAAUGAAAAAUCUGGGGCCUUCCCUUCCAACUUUGUCAUUGAACUCCAGCACAGUGAUGGUUACAGUCGGAAGGGUCCACCAAAGGAGCCUGGUGAUGAGACGAUCAAACGUUGUCCGCGACUGUCCGAUUCAUCCUUGGAACUGAAACAGCCGAGCGAGAUUCAAGCUUUCAGAUCGAUGCGGCUUAAAGCAGGCAGAGCAACAGCGGUAGUUGCAAACCGAAUGGAGAAAGAAUACUGCAAAGUGAUAUUUGACUAUAUUGGCACCUCAGAGGACGAACUUGAACUGCACAGAGGAGACGUUAUAUUAGUGUUAAAUAAGGACACGGGUGAAGACGGUUGGUGGGAAGGAUAUCUAAAUGGAAAAGAAGGACUGUUUCCGGACAACUUUGUGACCUUUUACUCACAGACACCAGAGGCGACAGAGGGAAUUCCGAGCAAAUUUCAACCCACCAACUACACCUCUCUGACACCAGAUUCCCUGGAAGUAGCGAAGAAACCAGAAUUACCCAUUUGGAAGAGCGAGCACAAAGGUGGGGUGGCCGCAGAGUGUGAAUCCUGGGAUGAUCAGACAGAAGCACAGAAUGAGAAACCUGAGGCUGUUACUCCCGCAAACUUCACGCCUGCCAAGAAGGUGCCACCGCCUGUAAAAAUUAAACCAACUUUGUUCAAUUUUCCGAACAAAGCUAACGCAGAGCAACCUGGCCCACCACAGACAAGGAACGAAACUCAGAGAGACAAGAUUGAACCGGAAUUGAUGAGUUUUGACAUUCUCACAGUCUCCACGGAGAAGCUGAGCCACCCGACAGCAAACCGUGCCAAACCCCAGGGGCGCAGACCCCCCAGUCAGCUCGUCACCCACCUGGAAUUGCCAGAGCCACCCCCGCAGGUUCCUGUGAAGCCGGCUCCACUGCCAGCGAAGGCCAGUGCUCCUGUCCCCAAGGUGCCAUUCCCUACCGUCCCCCCACUCUGCCCCCCCGUUCUCAGGCCAUCCUCAGGCCUGCCCAGUGUGCCAGAGCAAGCGAGCAGGGGCAAAGGCGAAGGCACCUUGGCAGCCAUUCAAGAGCUGAGAGGAGAGAUCCACAGCCUUCACCUCAGCCUGGACCUGCUGAGGAACCAACAUCAGAAGGACAUGACUGAAUUAAAGCAGGAAAUGGUGGAGGAACGAAACAAACGGACAGUACUGCAGAUGGAGGUCGAUAGAAUGAGGAAAUUAAUGGCGUCCACGUGACGGAAUGUGCCAGAAGCCCCCGCCUCACAUGCUCUGAACAGGUGCAACCUCUGGGCUCAGUCAGUGGCUCCCAGUGAUUGGAAUUAAACACUGUGUGAGGACAUUUUUACUGACUGUGCGAAUGGUUAGCGUUUGCUGCUCCCUGGGGGUGGGGGUGAGGCUGUGAGUCACACACACACUCGGGGAGGGGAGAAGAGGGGAGGGACGUGCCGACAGCUGUGCUGGCGUUUGCCUAGUACUGGCUGUUGUGUAGAGCCAGCCAUCGCCAGAGCCUUGUAUCUCAGACCUUCCUGUACAAGCUGUGGCUGUGACCAGCGCAAUUCCCUCCCCUCCAUUAUCACGUGAUAAGGCCCUGGAUCAAAUGCAAGGAU